AUGAAUAUUCUCAUGAUGAGCGCAUCCUCUCGGGAAAAACUGAAAGGAGCUUAUCCCGAAGAAUUGGAAGAAGGUUUUCAUUUAAAUAGAGAAACAACGGGAACAGUGAUCAAGUUUAAUCAUCUAGGAAAUAUCUUUGCUGUUGGAUGUUUUGAUGGAACCUUGUCUAUUUAUGAUUCCGAUACGCUUUCUCAAAUUUCUCAAUUUAGAGUUGCGAAAACGAUGGUAUCGAACAUUGAAUGGUACAUAGAUUAUACAUUUAUUAUGUGCUCUGAACGUGAUGCUAUUACAAUAUGGAACGUCAUUGAAAAGGAGUGUAUUAAACGAUUUCCAUUUCCCGGACACGUGAUCACAAGAGCCUAUAUUUGCCCAGCCGACCAAAAUUUAAUAUUGAUCUGCACAGACGUUUCUCCUCCACUGUUGCUAAACACUGAAACUGAGGAACGACGAUAUCUUCCUAUCAAGCUCUAUGAGUACAAAAACAAAUCAAGGCAAAAAGAUUUGGUUGGUGGCCCAUUUUCUCCGGACGGAAAGUACAUAUUUAUUGGCAACACUAUGGGCCAAAUUGUAGCGAUUAAUACUCACUCUCUAAAAGUAGUGCCACACAAUGGUGGCGAACCCUUCCAUAUUUCUGGAGAAGCCAAUGUCGACUUGAGUCAAAGAAUCAUUCAAAAUCGAGGUUACUUUAUCACACAAAUAGCUUUUUCAAAAAAAGGAAAAUAUAUUGCUGUAAAUACGCAAACAACCAUUUACGUUUUUCUAGUGACCAUUAAUGUCAAAAAGAAUUCUGAAUACGUAGAAUAUGCUAAAAUUUUUGAACUUCCUAGCAUUCACAACGAACCAUUUUACCUAUUAAGCUUUAUUGGAACCAGCACGGGAGGUGCUUCUGAAGACUCUGACUAUUUAAUCGCAACAAAAGAACAUAAUAUUCACAUCUACGACUAUAUAAGUGGAGAUUUAAUGAAAAUUCUAGAUUGUCCCCUAAAUGAGCGUGUGAUAUCCCUUGAAUGUCAUCCUCAAACAUUUAAGUAUAUACGACCAUUGAUUGUUACAGGAACAACAGGUGGAAACAUUCUUUUUUGGACCAAGACAAUUGUAGAAAAUUGGAGCGCGUUUUCUCCAGAAUUUGAUGAGCUUGAGUGUAAUGAGUUGUAUAUUGAAAGAGAGAAUGAGUACGAUGAAGAUUGUGACGCUAAUGUGGACAAUAAGCCGUUAAAAUUGUUAAUAUCAGAUGUAAAUGAUCCAAACAUAAUUAUUGAUAUUUUUGAAAGGCCAAGUGACAUGCCUAUUAAUGAAUACGAACAAGAGGCUAUUUAUAUUCCAACAGCGCCUCUGCGAGAUGGAGAAGAAGAUGAUAAUUACUUUGACCAUCCUCAAGAGCAUGAAGAAAAGCCUCAAAGAAAAAAGCCAAAACGGCGUCAUCCACCUAAGAAGAAACGAGCAUCUUACUCGUCGGACGAUGAUGAUGACGAUGACGAAGAUUAUUUCGACUAG